CAAUGGGCGGAGCUUAACCAAGGAGCAGUGGGCGUCAUAAAACCCUUAGAAAAAGUCACACUAUAGAGACAGGGUCGGGUGCUAAAGGGUGGCUCAGUGUGUCUCUGUCUGCCGUACGAGGAGGAGCUGCUCUGUGUCGCUCUGUGUUGGUCACGUGUUCAUCUGAUCUUCCUUUGUUUACCUUCGUCAGCUGAUUGCAAGGUCGAGGUCGUGAAGGAAGGAAGGAAGGAAGGAAGGAAGGGAGAGAAAGACAGACAAGCGAAAGAAGGAAGGAAGGAAGGAAGCGAGAGAGACAAGCGAGGAAAGGAAGGAAAGAAGGAAGGAAGGAAGGAAGGAGAGACAUUUCCAUUUCUCUUAUUUUCCUUCUUUAUUAUUUUCCUUUCUUUCUUCUUCCUCCUCCUCCUCCUCCUUCCUUUCCCUUCCCUUCUUCUAUCUCCUCUUCCUCUCAUUCCCUUUCUUUCUCUUCCUUUCUCUCCUCUCUCACUUUCUUCCUCUCUUUUUUCAUCUUUUCCUCCUCCUCCUCAUCCUCAUCCUCAUCCUUCUCUUUCUUUCUCUCCCUUUCCUUAUCUUCUCUCUCUCACCUUCCUCCUCCUCCUCCUUCUCCUCAACGCCUUCUUUCCCCUUCCUUCCUUCUCCUUCGCCGCCUCCUUCGCCAUGACCUUUGACAUCCUGCUCGACCCGUACUCGGUGGUGACUCCCUACCGCCCCAUCUGGUUUUUCGUGGCCUCCCUCUCGAUCCCACUCGGCGACACUAACGUGGAUGCCUUCGAGUUCGCCUGCGCUGUCGCCUUCACCUUCCGCAUCCAGAUCCAGCUGUACCGAGUCUUCAACCCCGUCGUGGCCAGGAAGGGGAAAAAGAGGAGGAGGAGGAGGAGCAUUCAGGAGGACCAGCGUGACCUGUUCUCCCAGAUCGAGGAAGGGCUGACGGCGGCGGGCAUAGACGGCCACGCUUGUGUGCUAAGGUUCAUUUGUGAGAUGCAGACGAACGCUUUCUCGCCCUCCUCAAUAUUCGGGGAGGUCUUCAAUCUGGUGUUUACCCCCAAGCCCGGCGGUGACUCUUCGGUGCUGGAGGAGUACAUCAAGGCCAAGGCGACGGGGCAGGACUACGGCGAGUCUGGGGAGGCGGCGGAAGAGCGCGGGCCCCCGAUGUGCGCCCAGCGGUACGCCUCCUGUCCCAUGUCCGUGUUCUCCUACCUGAAGCGACUCCGCGGCAGCCACAGGGACCACGCCGCCCCCGAGGACAGGCCGGGGGGGUGAGAGGCUGGGGAGGGUGGUAGUGUGUGCAAUGAUGGUAGUGUAGGAGGAGGAGGAGAAGGAGGAAGAGGAUGAGGAGGAGGUGUUUUGUUGUUAAUAUUGUUUUUGUUGCUGUUGUUGUUCCUGUUGUUUUUGUUAUAGUAGUAGUAGUAGUAGUAGUAGUAGUCGUAGUAGUAGUAUAACAAUGUGAUAUAUAUUUCGGCUUAAGUCAA